AUGACAAAAUCAGAACUCCGCUCCAAACUGGAGCCAACUUCCCGGCCUCUGACAUUUGCCUCUACAGCUGGGAUGCUUUUCAUGUUCAAAGACUGCUUCAAACCUCAGACUACAGUAGUCGUUGGGUCGUUCAUUCAACUUGCACUUUGUGCUGUUCUUCCUCUCCGCCGUGCCACUGCACAACUUCCUUUCUCUACUGGAUUCUUUGGCUCACCUCCCGGAGCAAGCCCCAUGGUAGUCUUUCAUCUCGGAAUCCAGACCAACCACCCUCUCGGUCUCGCAGCACCGGGCAUGGAGCAAAUUAGCAAAUAUUUCAUGGCUAUGCAUAAGGAUCUUAACUCCAAACGAGACGAAUAUGGUAUGCUGAGUUCUUCAACAUGGCGAGGAGAUGAAAGGAGCAGCAAUAACACCCUUCUUCUGAUCUACUACUUUCGUGACUUAAAGAGUCUGCACCGCUUCGCACAUGACGAAUUACACCGAAAGGCAUGGGACUACGUCAAUAAAUCUAAGCUCAAGCAUGUGGGAAUCUUUCACGAAACGUUUAACGUGCCGGCUCGUGAGUAUGAGAAUGUCUAUGUUAAUUGUCGUCCGGUACUGAUGGGCCAUAUGACGGUGAAGACGGCAGAAGGGGUCGAGGAAGAGGAAAGGUGGACCAAUUCCCUUGUCAGUGCAGAUACUGCCCUUUUGAAGACGCAGUAUGCAAGGAUGGCCAGGGAUGAGCAUGGUAGUUUAAAGGACACGGAAUAG